AUGGGCAACCAGAACGGAAUCAAUGAUGAGAGAUAUGUAACCCACAAAAAGUAUUACCGGGAAACCAAACGAGUUUCUGACAUACUUGUCAUUGAGAAUGUCCCAGAGUAUCAAAGUGCUACAGCUUCUGCUGAACUAGGGCCCCACUGGUCUUUGGAAUCGGUGGUAUUGGAUCCGAGACUCUUCGGAGUUCCAGCAUCUCGUCCACGGAGAUUCAUCCUUGCCUUCGACAAGAGGAAGGAUGCCAAACGAUUUCUGGAGCCCGAGGAACUGCUGUCGUCUCACAUCCUGCCAGUGACCGCUGAACAGGGUUUCGGCUUUCAGGCGUUGUGCAUUCCUGCAAGGGGCAGGUCUUGCGCGAUGCCCAAACGUGCGGGGGCUGGCAAUGGGCCUGCCACCAAAAGUGUGAAGACAAAUGUGGUUGCAGUGUGGGCUUCCAAGACUUUUGACCAAGCCAAGACUUUCGAUGUUGAGGGAGGCGAACAUCCUGUUCAGAUGCUGGUGGAUGAUUUGACACCACAGCUCUACCUACCCAUCCAAGAGUGGCUCGAGCAUCUUAUCCCUGGUUUUCCUGAGAAGACGGACGAUUUGGUGGAUAUUCCUCUCUUGGCCAUCUAUUUUCUACCCCCGGCAGAUGGUCUUCCUCUCUUUCAUGCGUGGCUAGUCACUGCAAAGGAUGUGUGGCACCGUGGCUAUGAAGGCCAUCGUGAAAUUCUUGAGAUUCGGUUGAAUGACCGGGUGGACCUGGUGGACCAUGGAUUCCGUUCCUUUAUUCCCACGAAAGGUCUGGGGCGUGUCUCCUGCAUCUUGUGGGCAGUUCUUUGGAGCUAUUUCAACAGGGAUUCCAUGGAUGGAGAUGCCAAGUCGGAUUUCAUCAGGUGGCUCCACUCUGUGAAGUCCCUCAAGUGCAAGGUCCAGUCUGCAGGGGUCGCGGAGCUGAGGUGGCGCAGGAUCCAGGACACCGUCAAGUACCCGGAGUCAAAGUACAAGGAUGCGUUCUUUGCUGCGAUGGAAGAGUACAACCAGUAUGGCAUUGCUGAGGUCAGCUCCCGCUACCGACUGGACAAAACUGCCAUGGAUGAACUUUAUGGGUUCAAGGUUGGUGUCUGCGAGAAAGCAUUUGAGCUCCUCCAGAAGCACUUGCACUGCUUCAAGUUUGAAGCGCGGGCCGGCAAGGCAUGUUCCGUCCGUUUGCCCUUGACCGAAUGGCUCACUGAGUGCGAUCGGAUGUGUUUCGUUUCCCACGUCUUGGCGUUGAUGGCUUAUUGGAAGGAUGAGCACGGCACCUAUGUGUUUGACAAUGGUGUCAUUGAGAAUCUUCUCAAGCGUGCUGUGGCCGACACAUUCGUAAAGACUUUGGACCCUCAGUUCAAGAUUGAGGAGACCAUCAUGUUCACAGAAGUCGCACCGAAAAAGAUCGACACGACCAAGGAGAAAGUGGAGCAGGCGGACCAGAAGCUCCAAGCUUUGUCUGCUGAAUCCCGCAAAGCACAAUUCCAAGCCGAUUCUCUUGCACUGGCCAGGGAUUUGGCACAAGUGGGGAAUGUUUAUCGUGAUGUGGUCAAGUCUGAGAAUUCGAUUCGUCAGGAACGCAUCAUGCACCUUCGGGGUCAAAAUUGUAUCGGUGCAGCCUUGGUGGCUGAUUACAUGUCCUUGAACAUGGCUGUCCAUGCUGGGUCCCUCAAGGAACAGAUCUCCCUCGCUGACCGGUUCUUGACUCGAUUUCCUCAAUACCCUUGUGUGGUUUGGUGCGACUUGAUGAAGUGCGGCCGCUUGACGCAGCAAGAAGUCAACGACUACUGUGACCUGAUGCAUUCAAUCUUCAAAAAGAGUCCUAUGUCAGUGGCAGUGCUGGUCGCACCUUACUUGGUCUCCGAGAAAGUGGCUGGCUACAGGGGAGAAUUGAGGAGAUGGGAGGACAAAAUGGACGCCCGAGGAUUCAAGCAGCACAGCAUCGCCAUUCGCUGCCAGUCGAACAGAAAUGAAAUUCCUUGGACGCCGGAAGGUCAAUACGUUGUACCGGUGGCCCAGAAAGACAACUUGCCCCAUGCCUCCGAGGGAAUGUCUUUGUCGGAUGUCCAGGAAUGUGCACAAUUCCUGGCGGGUGAGGCUCUCCCGUGUGGCCUACUUUCGGCAUUGUUGGGGCGGACGCCACCGGCAUCGUCAGCCACGGAUGUGGACCCAAACCAAUAUCCUUUGAAGCUGAUCAAGCUUGAUUAUGAUCCAAAUCCUUCAUUGAAAGGGUGGACCAAGUUUCGGAUCAGCAUUCCCCCAGCAGUGCGGGCUCGAUACAUCGAUGACCAAGUAUUUGGGGAGGAUUGGUCAAACAUCUUGAAGGAUUUUGAUCAAAAGUACAGUCCAAAGUCCAAUGCUGAUGCCACGGCUGCCCUUGCCCUGGUUAAAAAGGAGGAGGAAGAUGCAACCAAGGUCAUUGAACCUUGGACCAAUGAACCUGAAACUCUUGAAGAAUUGAUGGACAAGUACAUCGUUGAGGCCAAAUUCCCGGGGAGGAAUCAUGGGAGUACCAUGUUCCUGGUCCAGAGCAAAGCCCGUGAUGGUAUCGCACGUGGCGGCGGUCUUUUCGAAGAUGGAAUUUGUUGUGGCACAUGGUUCUUCAAAAAGGAGAAGCCAGAGAAAGAUCAGCCGGAGAAGAAGACAGGCAGAAAGAAAGGAGAUUCCGACGAAGGCGAAGCUGAGGAGAAGAAAGUAAAGAAGAUCAGAAAGGAGGUCUAUGAGGAGAAGGGCAGCCACAAGAAAAAGGCAAAGACUUUGCAGACCGACGAGAAGGACAAGGAGAGCAAAGAUGAGAAGAGUGCAGGUGAAGAUGCGAUGAACCAGGGGGUCAACGAGAAUGGAUCGUACUCACAGGGGACAGAGAUCACAGAUCCUGGGUGUAGCCAGGACCCUGACAAACACCAGACGGAUGAAAAGAAGAAGAAGACCAAAGACAAGAAGGAAAAGGACAAGCCAGAGAAAGAUCAGCCGCAGAAGGAGACUCAGAAGGAGACAGACAGCAAAGGCAGCAAGAAAGGAGAUUCCGACGAAGGCGAAGCUGAGGAGAAGAAAGUAAAGAAGAUCAGAAAGGAGGUCUAUGAGGAGAAGGGCAGCCACAAGAAAAAGGCAAAGACUUUGCAGACCGACGAGAAGGACAAGGAGAGCAAAGAUGAGAAGAGUGCAGGUGAAGAUGCGAUGAACCAGGAGGUCAACGAGAAUGGAUCGUACUCACAGGGGACAGAGAUCACAGAUCCUGGGUGUAGCCAGGACCCUGACAAACACCAGACGGAUGAAAAGAAGAAGAAGCCCAAAGACAAGAAGGAAAAGGACAAGCCAGAGAAAGAUCAGCCGCAGAAGGAGACAGACAGCAAAGGCAGCAAGAAAGGAGAUUCCGACGAAGGCGAAGCUGAGGAGAAGAAAGUAAAGAAGAUCAGAAAGGAGGUCUAUGAGGAGAAGGGCAGCCACAAGAAAAAGGCAAAGACUUUGCAGACCGACGAGAAGGACAAGGAGAGCAAAGAUGAGAAGAGUGCAGGUGAAGAUGAACGAUGCAGCAAGAAAGGAGAUUCCGACGAAGGCGAAGCUGAGGAGAAGAAAGUAAAGAAGAUCAGAAAGGAGGUCUAUGAGGAGAAGGGCAGCCACAAGAAAAAGGCAAAGACUUUGCAGACCGACGAGAAGGACAAGGAGAGCAAAGAUGAGAAGAGUGCAGGUGAAGAUGCGAUGAACCAGGAGGACCCUGACAAACACCAGACGGAUGAAAAGAAGAAGAAGACCAAAGACAAGAAGGAAAAGGACAAGCCAGAGAAAGAUCAGCCGCAGAAGGAGACAGACAGCAAAGGCAGCAAGAAAGGAGAUUCCGACGAAGGCGAAGCUGAGGAGAAGAAAGUAAAGAAGAUCAGAAAGGAGGUCUAUGAGGAGAAGGGCAGCCACAAGAAAAAGGCAAAGACUUUGCAGACCGACGAGAAGGACAAGGAGAGCAAAGAUGAGAAGAGUGCAGGUGAAGAUGCGAUGAACCAGGAGGUCAACGACCAGGACCCUGACAAACACCAGACGGAUGAAAAGAAGAAGAAGACCAAAGACAAGAAGGAAAAGGACAAGCCAGAGAAAGAUCAGCCGCAGAAGGAGACAGACAGCAAAGGCAGCCAGAAAGGAGAUUCCGACGAAGGCGAAGCUGAGGAGAAGAAAGUAAAGAAGAUCAGAAAGGAGGUCUAUGAGGAGAAGGGCAGCCACAAGAAAAAGGCAAAGACUUUUGCAGACCGACGAGAAGGACAAGGAGAGCAAAGAUGA